AUGGACGUGACAAAUGUUACUGCAGACGAAAAAGGGAAAAGAAUCCUAGAUCUUUCCUGUUCAGCGAAAUUCACUGAAGGGAUGCAUGGCGAGCUAAUCUUUCUUUCAGCUCUAAAUAUUAUUCUGUCCAUGACAGCAUUUCUGGGGAACACACUGAUCCUAGUUGCUCUAUACAAGGAGACUUCACUACACCCACCGUCCAAACUUCUGUUUCGUAACCUAGCGAUAACGGAUCUCUUUGUUGGUAUUAUUGUAGGGCCUUUGGCUGUAACUUAUUGGACCUCUGUUGUGACCAAGCUAUGGAAUAUUUGUUAUUACGCGUAUUUGUCAAGAACUAUCUCAGGCAUCAUUUUGUGUUCGGCGUCAAUGUACACACUAACUGCAAUAUGCGUGGACAGACUUCUUGCUCUGUCGCUAGGGCUAAGAUACAGACAAGUUGUGACUUUGAAAAGAGUAUGCAUAAGUUUGAUUGUUUUUUGGCUUUUGUCUAUUGUUUCUUCAUUUCUAUUCGCUGGAAUUGAAAUAAUUUCGUGGCUUGCAAGACUAGGUUUUAGUCUCUGCCUAGUCACCUCAACUUUAUCUUACAUAAAAAUUUUCUUCACUCUGCGUCACAAUGAAAUACAUGUUCACAACCAAUUUUCACAAGGACAGCCGAGUCAAGCACCUCCAAUGAAUAUAGCUCGAUACAGAAAGGCAGUGUACAGUGCACUAUGGGUGCAAGUAACAUUUGUUGCUUGUUAUCUCCCUUUUUAUAUAGCAUUAAGAUUAACACCUCAAAGAGGGAUACCUCUAUCUAGUAUUUACCUUGCCAGGGAAUUUACAGUUACUUUAGUAUAUUUAAACUCGUCUUUAAACCCUUUGCUUUAUUGUUUGAAGAUCGGAGAAGUAAGGCAAGCUGUAAAAGAAACAUUGCAGCAACUGUUCUGUUGA